AUGAACGCUGCUCAAAAUUCCCAGUUCCAAGAGGAAACAAGAAAAAAUCAUAGGAACACGACCGUUUCUAUCAAAAAUCUUGAAGUUCAUAUGGGUCAGAUAGCACAACAAAUGACAGGUUCUCAAAUACAAGGCUCCUUACCAAGUGAAACAAUACAAAAUCCAAGAAAUCAUGAGAAUGUUAAUAUUGUCACGAAUAGAAGUGAGAAGGCUGCUAAAGAUGAAGAAGUUAUACCACCAGUAAAUCUAAUUAAAAAUAAAAACAAAAAAGACACUAAACCUAUGAUUAAGUUACCCUAUCCUCAGAGAGUAACAAAGAAGGAACAUAGAGAGACAACCUUUGAGAAAUUUAUCACAAUAUUAAAAAAGAUAGAGAAUCAUAUGCCUUUUCUUGAAGCACUCAAACAAAUGCCCAUGUACAUAAAAUUCAUGAAAGAGGUAAUCGCUGAAAAGAUACCAAUAGGAGAUGGGUCGGUAGCCUUGAAUGAAAAGUGUAGUGCAAUAUCACCAAGUAGGAGAAUCCCAAGCAAACAGAAGUAUCCUGGAGCAAUCACGGUCCCGUGCACUAUAAAUGACAGAACUUUCAAAAAUGUACUAAUUGAUUCUGGAGCCAGUGUGAGUCUGAUGCCACUGUCAAUCUAUAAAAGGCUUGAUAUUAGAAAUGUCAGUGAUACAAGGGAAAAUCUAAAGUUUGCAGAUCACUCCAUAAAGAACGCAUAUGGGAUAGAAGAAGACAUACUGGUGAAAAUAGAGAAAUUUAGUUUCCUGUUGAUUUUGUGA